AUGACCAGUCUCAAGAAUGUCUUCAAGGCCUUCCCUCCGUCCAUGGACGUGGUCGAAUCCACGACACAGUACGAUGGCGCCAUCAAACAGUAUCUCGCGUCCUUGACCCAGCUGUCGAGGGAGGAGCGACUUGAUUUGACGCAGAGCUCGAUCAAGGUUCUUGACGAAAUAGAUGCGGCCGACAACUCUCUCGGUUACCUGACCAUUCUCGACAUCCUUCUCGAGGACGCCUCCUCCACACCCGGCAUCACGCGAGACGAGCUGCUCGACAGGAUUUUGGAGUUUCUCCUCAAGUUCGAUCCGAUACAAGUACGGUACAUGAUGGCCCAGUUUCUGUCCCUCCUCGCCAGAGUGUCGAAUGGCAACUACUUCUCGCCUCUCGUCGCGGUUGACUUGAUUGCCACGGCCAUGCUUCGACUCGACCCUGCUGGCUCCACAUUCACGCCUCUGCACCUUCCGCUGGCCAGGCUCGCCUACAUGACGAAUAGCAUCGAACCGGCCCUCGGGAUCCUUGAUGCCGACAUCUUCUUCUACCCCAACAUGCCCGGUUCUAUCGACACCCGACCGCUAUGCGACCCGGACGUUCCUCCGUACCAUUUUAUGCCUUCGGGCGCCAUGCGAGUGGAGUGCCUCGAGAGCACACACCUCAUCGAGUAUGACCUUUGCCGCGGCAUGGCGUACGUAUCUCGACGAGACUGGGAUAAGGCCCUGGACGUAUUCGAGCACGCCAUCACUCAUCCCGCCAAGGACAAGGGAGUGAGCAAGAUCAUGACGGAGGCUCACAAGAAAUGGGUCCUCGUCGGCUUGCUGUCUCUGGGCCGGCUUCCGCCCCUGCCUGAGCGCACACCACACAUGUCCCAGAGCACGUUCGAGGCGGCGAACGGGCUAUACAACUCUUUCGCGACGCUGUUUCAAGGGAACAAGACGGGAGAGCUGAAGAAGAUGUCGGAGGAAAACGACCAGAGGUGGAAUGAAGACGGAAACGCCUCGCUUGUGGCCGAAGUCAUGGCGGCGUAUCAGAAAUGGCAGAUUGUCAACCUGCGCGACGUCUACGAGCGUGUCUCCAUCGCCGAGGUCCGUCGGUCGACGGUCAGCGCGGAGACGGGGGAACCAUCGGUAGACGACGAGACGAUAGUCGUCUUGGUCCGCGACAUGAUCAAGUCGGGCAUGCUGAAGGGGGACAUUGAGGAGGGUCAAGGCGCCGCCGACAGCUACCUUUCCUUCGCCACAGGGCGGCGUCUGCUGUCGGAGGCGGAAUUUACCAAGGAAGUGGCACGCAGGCACGAGAGCAUCCUGUCACUGAGCCAACUGUAUCGAGCGACCGACGUCCGACUCAGUGGCCACCAGGACUUUGUGUGCUACCUGGCCAAGGAGGAACAAAGGGCGGAGAUGGACAGAGAGUCGGACCCCGCCGUCGGCUUCGAGUCCCAGAUAGAGGAUGAGGAUUUGAUGACUGGCAUCAUGGCCACCAUUUGA